AAGCUAAGAAUUCGUAUUAAACAAUUUAAUGAUAAACAAACCUAGUGGCUCUGAAACAGAUUACUCGUUGCAAAAUUUAAAUAAGAAUGCUCUCAUCUACUUGUUUUUUUUUAUUAAAUUUCUAGUUAAUAGUUGAUAAGAGUUGGGGUCACAUGAUAACUUCUUCAUACAUAUAACAUCAACCUAAGUCUGAUCGGGUCAGUAUUCCUCUGUGCAAAAAUUGAACUGAUCACAUCGGGGGAAAAAGUGAAAAUUGUAACAUGAAGACACCUAUUCUGUUAAUAGCAGUACUGGGGUAUACUUGUGCUAGUCCGAACGGAUACUACCACACGGAGUAUAACUACAAAACCUCACAAUCUUCAUUUAGGAACAAUGAGUUGGAGCACAAAUCAGAUGAUCAAGGUUAUUAUAAAAAAGAUGGUGAUUUAGAAAAUCGAUACAAGCCCAUCGAAGAUUCCAACAGUGAACAUUCCGAAUAUAUCAAUCCCAAAUUUCAUAACGCUCAAUAUGGGUACGACUACAAUAGAGACACAAACUCCUACGGCCACAUGAGAGCCGGAACCUACGGAAGUAUCAAUAAUCAAGAAGUAGAAGAUAUGGCGCAUAGCAAUAGAAUUUAUGGCAGCCAGGCUGGAUAUACCGGCAGCAGUUAUGGAAGUUAUGGUAUGACCUCAAACCUUAGAUUGGUGACUUCCCGUCUUCAGCAACAACUAGAGAGAGAAAUUCAAGAUAUGAUCCGUUACAACAGCUUAAAUUCGCGAAUGGACUUAGCUGAGUUAGAAAGGGAAUUGAGACAAAACUUAACAAACAGACUCGACAACGAAUUAAAUCUAAAAUAUGGACAACAGCUUAUUCGAAGCGGAAAGUCUUAUUCUAUGAUAGGUGGAAGGCUGCAACCAACCGCCAACUACGACUAUCAAGAACUCCUAGAUUUGAGAAAUCAAUUAGAAAAUGUAUUACUUAGUCAACUCCGUACCCAAUACAACCAGUAUAACCAGUACAGCUACUCAAACAGCAACGCUAAUAAUAAUUACGCAUACACAACGACUCAAAGACCUUACUACACCACGGUAAGCUACAGUCCAAUUUAUCCAACAGUUUCUACUCCAAGUUAUCCAACUUUCUCUACCCCAAUUUAUUCAACCUAUUCUACUCCUACUUAUUCAACAUACUCAACUUACUCAACUCCGAGAUAUUACACGCACAAUCAAUACAAUAAUAUUCAAACUCGAUACACUCCAAUCACCAAUCCUGAAAGUAUUACUUCCAUUGCUUCAAGAGUACAAAGUCAAUUGGACGCGCAUCUGAAUAAUAUAUUAGACGAAACGCGAAGAACACAUUUCUCCUCAAGUCAACAAUACACCUUAACCAAUCCCGAAGUACUUUUAGAGCGAUUAAGAACCGAGUUGAGAAAUAACAUUACGUACCAUUUAGACGACGUUAUUAGACAAAACUACGGUAGUCAAACGCAGAGAGACGGAUACAUGUACUCAGUUAGUCCUAGUGGAGCAUUGUCCAGCGAUUACAACUACAGUUUAAGAGAUUUGGAGAAUUUAAAAGAGCAAAUUGAAAGAAAUUUAAUAAAUAAACUAAACAGAGAUUUCGAAACAUUCAAUAAGAGCUGGUCUUCUAGUGCAUCAUAUAGAAGCCAAUCAAGUUACGGUACAAAUUACGGAGCUGGUAUUAGUAAUUACAGAACUGGUACAGGAAUCGGUACUUACGGAACUGGUACUUACGGAGCUGGUACUUACGGAGCUGGUACUUACGGCGCCGGUACUUACGGAUCUGGGACUUACGGAACCGAUACUUACGGAACUACUCCUACUUAUUAUCAGCCAGGAAUCAAAACUAAUGAAUAUGGUUCAAGUGCAUCGGCACAUAAUACUUACGUGUCGCAAAGUACUGGUAACAUGGCCGAAUUACAGAGACAACUUCAAGCCGAUCUUUCUAGGCAGCUUAAUUUGGCAGUAAAUAGGGAAUCGGCCGGAUCCUAUACUUACAGCCCACAAAAUUACCAAGCUUCAUUACAAGAAUUAUCUAAUCAACUGAAUAGGAAUCUCACCAGGCAUUUGCAAGAGUAUAGCGCAAGUGGUUCUUACGCUGCACACGGUAAUUUUAAUAGCGCCCAAAUGGCAGAUUUGAGAUCAAGACUUGAACAUAAUUUAAUGAAUCAAUUACGAGAAGGAUUGCAACAAUCGAUGCAAACUCACAGUUCGUACAGUAGUAGUAGCAGUAGCAGCAGCCUUGGAAGUUACCAAAAUGCAUACGGAUCCAGUAUUUGUUGCCAAGGAGACGAUCCUACAACUUACCGUAGAUUAAAACGUUCUUAUGGACAAUUUGAACAAAAUUUGGGACAAGAACAGGAAGAUGUAGGACAGCAACAGAUAGAAGAAACGGCGUGGAAGCCGUGGGAACGUGAUAGCGGUCACAUGUCACAUCAUACACCGCACAGUACUUACCACACGGCUACAUAUAACACACACCAAAAACCUGCAUACUUUGAUUGGAGAUCAAGAAACCACAAUAAUGGAUCACCUCACCUGUCACGCGGCAAAUUGCAAGUAGAUCAAUUACAAGACGAUCUGGGCCAGCAGCAAGAAGAAGUAGAAUAUGUGAAUAUAGGUAAACAAGAUGAAGGAAACGAUUACCAAAAAACUACACACGAUAAAUUACAUUUAGGAAGCUUGCACCGGCAGCAACAAGAUAUUGGACAACAACAACUGGAGGACUUCGGUCCACAGGUCCAAGUAAAUAGACUUACUCAUGGCAAAAUAAUCAGUAGCGCCGAUCAAGAACAACAAGAUCUUGGUCAACAGCAAGAGGACGUGGGAUUGGAUUAUAUUCCACAAGUAAACAAAUACCGUACAUUUACUCAUGGUAAAAUCAGUAAUUCUGAUCAAGAACUACACAACCUUGGUCAACAACAGGAGGAAGAUGAAUUUACUUAUGAUCCACAAGAGCAAGUAAACAGAUCUCAUAAACUUACUCAUGGUAAAAUACUAGGUAACCCUGAUGAAGAACAAGAUGAUCUUGGUCAGCAACAAGAGGAAGUUGGAUUGGGAUACGCUCCCCAAAUAGAAGAGAACAGAUAUCUUGGUCAUGGUAGAAUAAUAAGUAACGCUGAUCAAGAACAACAAGAUCUUGGCCAACAACAAGAGGAAAUUGGAUUGGGAUUCGAUCCGCAAAUACAAGUGAACAAGUACCCCAAACUCAGUCAUGGUAAAAUAAUUAGUAACACUGCUCAAGAACAACAAGAUCUUGGCCAACAACAAGAGGAAGUUGGAUUGGGAUACGCUCCCCAAAUAGAAGAGAACAGAUACCCUAAAUUUAGUCAUAGUAGAAUAAUAAGUGACGCUGAUCAAGAACAACAAGAUCUUGGCCAACAACAAGAGGAAAUUGGAUUGGGAUACGCUCCGCAAUUACAGGUGAACAAGUACCCCAAACUCAGUCAUGGUAAAAUAAUUAGUAACACUGCUCAAGAACAACAAGAUCUUGGUCAACAACAAGAGGAAGUAGGCUUGGGAUACGCUCCCCAAAUAGAAGAGAACAGAUACCCUAAACUUAGUCAUGGUAGGAUAAUAGGUAACACUGCUCAAGAACAACAAGAUCUUGGCCAACAACAAGAGGAAGUAGGAUUGGGAUACGCUCCCCAAAUAGAAGAGAACAGAUACCCUAAAUUUAGUCAUAGUAGAAUAAUAAGUGACGCUGAUCAAGAACAACAAGAGCUUGGUCAACAACAAGAGGAAGUUGGAUUGGGAUUCGAUCCGCAAAUACAAGUGAACAAGUACCCCAAACUCAGUCAUGGUAAAAUAAUUAGUAACACUGCUCAAGAACAACAAGAUCUUGGCCAACAACAAGAGGAAAUUGGAUUGGGAUACGCUCCCCAAAUAGAAGAGAACAGAUAUCUUGGUCAUGGCAAAAUAAUCAGUAGCGCCGAUCAAGAACAACAAGAUCUUGGCCAACAACAAGAGGAAAUUGGAUUGGGAUUCGAUCCGCAAAUACAAGUGAACAAGUACCCCAAACUCAGUCAUGGUAAAAUAAUUAGUAACACUGCUCAAGAACAACAAGAUCUUGACCAACAACAAGAGGAAGUUGGAUUGGGAUACGCUCCCCAAAUAGAAGAGAACAGAUACCCUAAAUUUAGUCAUAGUAGAAUAAUAAGUGACGCUGAUCAAGAACAACAAGAUCUUGGCCAACAACAAGAGGAAAUUGGAUUGGGAUACGCUCCGCAAUUACAGGUGAACAAGUACCCCAAACUCAGUCAUGGUAAAAUAAUUAGUAACACUGCUCAAGAACAACAAGAUCUUGGUCAACAACAAGAGGAAGUAGGCUUGGGAUACGCUCCCCAAAUAGAAGAGAACAGAUACCCUAAACUUAGUCAUGGUAGGAUAAUAGGUAACACUGCUCAAGAACAACAAGAUCUUGGCCAACAACAAGAAGUAGAACUGGGACAUUAUCCACAAGUACAAGUAAACGGAUACCAUACAUUUACUCAUGGUAAAAUCAGUAAUGCUAAUCAAGAACAACAGAAUCUUAAUCAACAGCAACAAGUAGAAGAUUUAGGCCAACAAAUUGAAGAAACAAGUUUGCAUAAACUUCCAGUUGAAAAUUUACAUCAUGUUGGCCAACAACAACCAAAGGCAAAUAAUGUUGACAUUGCCAAACAAGUUGAAGAAAUACUUUUGAAUUCUAACAACAACCACGAUAUAUUGUACAAUACUGAUCAACAAAACCUAAGUCAGAAAGUUGAUGAUAAUAAUUUGGAUCAACAACAAGUGGAAGAAGUUGGUUUCCACAAUGUUACUCAAGGGAAAUUUCAACCUAUGCAUCAGCAAGAAGAAGAUCUAGGUCAACAACUAGAAGAUGUAAUUCAUCAGCAAAGUAGUGGAUGGGAUGUAAAGCCACACAUAACGUUGGAAAUACAAACGAAACCCAUAGAUAUAGGACAAAAACACUAUAUCAACCAAGAUCCAGAGCUAAAUGAACCUGGCGAUGGUAAAAUUGAACAAGUUCCCAAUAGUGGUUUAGAUUUAAAUCAGCAAGUUGAGGAGAUCGACGUCAAGUCAUCUAAGAAAUCCAACGAUUUACCAGAUGAUAUUUCUAAGAAAACCGAAUACAUACAAGAAGAUCUUUCCAAAAAGUUAGAAAUAGCAAUUAUGGCAUUUUGUGGUACCGAUAAGCUUAAUGUUGUAAAAAUGAGAGAAAAAUUAACAGAAGAAGUCAAAAAUAACGUAACAGAAGAAUUUAAUAAGGAAUCCACUAGAGACUACUUAGAACAUGAUUUGCAUCUAAGCUCCGCUCAAAUUCUAAAAAUUAAAACGCUAAUUUUAGAAAAAUUAUUUGCAAAACUAGAAGCAGGUAUAGAAUACGCUAAGAGAAAAUAUGGAGAGCAAACAAUAUCUUUCAGUGACAUGAACGAACCUGAGAUAACCAAUUUCACAACUGAAGAUACACAACAACCCGAAUCGUCAACUAUUUCACAGAAUGGUACUAUGCUCAUACAAGCUACAAGAAAACACACAAUUAUAACCAGUCAUACUCAAAUUCACAACAACAAAUUUGGUGUUACUGAUCAAAGACAAUAUAUAAGUAUUCCUCAAACAAGAGUGGAAGCUGAAAAUGAAGCUGACUCUCUAAUAUCAGUACUUAGAAAUUACAUUCAAAAGGAAGUUAAAAGAAAUGAGGUACCUGAAAAUGUGGGAGUACAAACUUUUGUUAGUAAUGGUACAGAUGAUAAUGGUGGUAAUUAUUAUUCUAGAACCACUAUAUACAGAGGAGAUAGUGAAAAUGUUGAACCAAGUUUUACACGUACUAUUUCUACUUCAAGUUAUUUAAGUGGUGACAGACCUUUUCAUGAUGUACAACAACAGGAAAUUAUAGGUAGAAGUAUCUUACAUAAAAAUCCACAGACUUAUAGUGAUGAACAACUAAAUGGAAACAGUAUUUUUCCUAAACAGCAACACUCUCACUAUGGUCAUUUUGAUUUGAACAGUAAUAUCUCGCCUCACCAUCAUUCCAUUUAUAGUGGAGGAGAGUUAAAUGUGCCAUCUAGUUACAACAAAAAAAUACAGGAAACAUCGUUUUCUAGCCCUCUGGAACCUCAUCAUAAUCAUGAUAGUUAUGGUCAACAACAGCCAAAAAUAGAUUGGCAAAAAAUUUUAGGUGGAAAUUUUGACCACAGUUUUCAUUUUAGCCAAAAAGAUGAAAUUGAAUAUCCAAAAUUGACUCAAGGAAAAGUAGGUUUUAAUUUUGGUCAACACCAAGUGGAUGAUUUGCACCUAAUGCCCAAACACCAUGAAAUCCAACAGCAAAUUGAAGACAGUAAUUUGCCUAAAUUUACUGAUGAAAAAUCGCCCAAUGCAGAUCAAAAAUAUAGAGAUCUCGAUCAACUGCGGCAAGAACAAAUUGAAGAUAGCCUAUCUCAUAUAAUCCCAAAAGGAAAAUUUCAUCUUGAUGAUCAGCAAAACCAGCAAGAAAUAGAUGAUCGAGAUUUUGAUCAAGUUACAGAUGUCAUAUAUAAUAAAAAAAGCCAAGGAAAAUUGGAAGUUAGUCCAGUACAGCAUCAACAAAAAAUAGAACAAACAGAACAAAUUCCUGAAGAUCUUAACUCAAAUAACGUGCAUGUGGAUGAUGAGGUAAAAGAUCCAAAAAAAAAUGUUGAAAAUCUAACAUUCUGGCAAAGAUUUACCCAAAAAAUGAACAAUGGUGCAAAUGCAAUAAAGCAGAAAGCAGCUGUUUUAAAACAAAAGGCAAAGGAAUUAAAAGAAAAAGUUAUUGGUUGAUUGUAGUUCUAAUUAAUUUAUGUUUAUAUUUAACUUAUUCUAAUUAUAUUUUUCAUUUAAUAAAAAAAUAAUAACAAAAAA